GAUUUUACACUAAGUAUGUUUUUAUAUCAGCGAUGGUGUGAGCACCGUUUAAUGUUUCGAGGAAUCGUAAACACGACUUAUUUAGAACUCGAUGCAAAUGCUAUAAAAGAAAUAUGGGUUCCAGACUUGUAUUUCCCAAAUGAAAAACGUUCAAAUUUCCAUGAAGUCACAAUGGCAAAUAGGAUGCUGCGAAUAAACGAAGAGGGAAAUACGCUUUUCUCGAUGAGAAUCACGAUGACAUUAACCUGUAAAAUGAACCUUCGAAAUUUCCCAUUCGACAAACAAGUUUGUUCAAUGCAGGUAGCCAGCUUCAGUUACACGAACUCAACAUUAUUAUUGAGAUGGUUUCCCGUCAAAGCAGUUCAAAUAAGCAAGGAUGUGGUUGACACACAAUUCAUAAUGCAGAAGGUCACACAGUCUGAAUGUGUGAACUUUGUUCGACAAGAAGGCAACCAUAGCUGUCUUCAAGCAAAUUUUCACCUGACCCGUAGUGUCGGUUAUUAUGUUGUCCAAAUGUACAUCCCAACAAUACUCAUUGUCGUCCUGUCUUGGUUGUCCUUUUGGUUGAAUGUCGACUCGGUGCCCGGCCGUAUAUCUCUUGGUGUUCUCACAGUUCUCACAACAACCACUCAAAUUUCAUCUGUCAAUGCAACUUUGCCAAGAGUCUCUUAUACAAAGGCCAUAGAUAUCUGGAUGGCAACCUGUCUGCUAUUCGUAUUCGCUGCAUUACUUGAAUUUGCAGUUGCCAAUAUCUUAAGCAGGAAAGAAACAAUGAAUGGAUUUUUCUUUCAACAUGUUUACAGCAGAGAUGGUAAACAAACCCACACCAAUUACAAAUCGGAGACCAAGUCAGACCCAACCAGUUCAAUCAACAAAGACUGUGAUGUAGAAGGUGGUAUACGAAAACGGACUGGAAUUUGGUAUGCUUGUAUUCUGGACAGUUCUUCCAGAAUUGCCUUCCCUUUAAUGUUUGCCCUUUUCAAUCUAAUUUAUUGGCCAACUUAUCUAGGGAAAACAGACUAAUUAAAUCUUACCCUUCAUAGCAUCAUUUUAAUAAAUUUCUGGACUUCAUCCUAAGGAUGGGAUCUGUCCGGAUAAUUGGCUGUAAAAAUUAUAUCCAAACCAUUGUGCUUUGAAGAACAUUGUUUCCUCAAGGAAAUAUUUAUUCAAUUGUCUCCCAAAAGAUUUCUUUGAAUUCUUCUAUUUUGUCUUCUCAUCUUGUGUCUUAUUUUCUCUCUUUCACAAUUACCAUAUUUCGUGGCAUAAAAAAGAUGGAAUUUGUUGAAGCAGAAGUCGUGUAGCCAGAAGCCCCUUCUGUUGCCAACCUUUACCUGUUUGCAAGCAAGGUAUUAUUUCUCCAAAGCUAGACAUGUUUUUCACAGAAGACUGAAAGCAAACAAUCUUGCUAGUAUGAUGAUGAUGAUGAUACUCAUUUACAACUAUCACAAGAUGUCCUGACAACGGUACGCACAAGCGCAUAUACAUGCACUCAAACACACACACUCACUAGAUGAACCCUAAUUUCAGCUGCACUUAUUUGGG